AUGAGUCGACCAGAAAAAGACGUCGAAGAGAUGGCCGAACAUGCCGAAGUGUUGACGCCGCAAGAGAUGCUGCAGCAGUUCGAAAAGGUCAAUGUCUGUGGUGAGUGCUUGCAUGAAGCACCGAACACCCUUCGCAAGCUGGUUGGCCUGCGAGCUCACGUGACUUUCCAUCGUUGGGCUUGGUGCUGGCCUUGUGUUUACAGCUCCCAUGGUGGGUUCCAGCCGUAUGCAAGGACUUACUGAGAUACGCAAGCAGGCUGAUUACGACAAUGGUGUGGCGUUGUAGGUGCGAUAUAGCAAAUUGCCGUUUCGGCAGCUGGUGGCGCAGUACGAGACUCACAUCACCUAUACGCCCAUGCUACUGUCAGUCUAACGCUCGAACAACACCCUUCACGCCGUAGACUGAGCUGACGUACACCUGAACAUGCCAACUGUAGCGCUCAAGAGUUCUCACGCUCGGCCAUCGCUCGCGACUCGGACUUUUCGACCAACACCCUCGAACGAGGCACAUUCUGGAUGACCCCCAAAGUCAACCACAUCCCAGUCCAAGAAUGGGACUCUUCUCCCGAACGACGAAGCGAGGAACCUCUUGCACGCAAGGCGCGACGAGGUCAGAGAAGGGUCAGGGGUAAUUUGGUUGCUCAGUUCGCGGCCAACGAUGCGACGCAACUGGCCGAUGCGGCCGAAUUGAUCAAACCCUGGGUCGAUGGGAUUGAUUUGAACUGUGGUGCGUCGAUGAGUCGCAGCCAUUUACGUCCGAAAGGCCAUGGAAAGAGAUUGAAAGGCUGACACCGAGCGUGGAACCGCUGUCUCGGCGUACAGGAUGUCCUCAGAAAUGGGCUUACCAAGAGGGGAUUGGGUGUGCGUUGCUGAGAAAACCUGACACUGUACGAGACUUGGUGAGGACGACUAAGCAGAGGCUGGGGUGGGAUUUUCCCGUCACGGUCAAGAUUCGCGUCGAUCCCAAUCUUCAGUGAGUUUUCUUUCGUUCCAUUCAACUGGACAAAAUUCUGGUGAGCGUGACCCGCUAAUCAGACCGUAUUAUUGGGUGCAGAUUAACGAACGAGCUCGUCACAACAGCUAUAGCAGCGGGAGCCGACGUUCUAGCCAUUCACGGCCGAACACGCCACCAAUCCUCGUCCGGCCAUCCCGUCAACCUCGAUUCGAUCCAAUUCGCCGUCGAAUGCAGCAAGGGACAGAUCCCGUGUGUCGCAAAUGGGGAUGUGUUUGACUUGGAGGGGGCGGAAGAGACUCGGAGGAGAUGUGGUGUGAAUGCUGUGAUGAGUGCGAGAGGGUUGUUGGCUAAUCCGGUGAGCUGGCAUGGCAAGGCUGGCCGACUGCGUACGCUUUUCGUAUUGACCGCCCAUUCUCUGCAGGCGCUGUUCUCGGGUUACGAUAAGACACCCUUCACUGCCAUCUCAGUAGGAUCACUGGCCUGAACACUUCUCUGCCUGUCAUCACACACUAACCACGAAUCCAACCCCUGCUCUACAGGAAUUCGUCCGCAUCUCGACCCAAGUCGGCCUUAUCUAUCCCUUAUUCCACCGCCACGUCGCGUACAUGAUCGAAUCGCACUUUACCCUUCGGAUGGAUCGAGUAUUCUUCAAUGGAUUGACGAGCUAUGCUUCGGUUUGCGAUUAUCUAGUGGAUGAACUUGGGGUUAAUUUGGGAGGGGCGGAGGAGAAAGUCAGCGUUUAG